AAAUCCUGGAGCUGGGCGUGUCUGACAGCUUGGGGAUUUCGCGACCAACAACCAAUCACAUGAAUAUCCCGCCCCCGACAUACAAAGCAAAAAAACCCGGUUCUUCUACACUAUUGUCAAAAUGGAUGCCGGUUAUGUAGCAAGGGUGAAUUUAGUGGAUGCAAUGUCUCGCUGGAGGCCAUGUAGUUUUCGUCGCUGUUGGGUACAUCCAAUACUCCGAAAACGUCUGCAACGGGGGGAAUACCACGUUCUGGUCCAAGAACUCCGUAUGGAUGACCUGCUGUUUCAGCAGUACUUUCGGAUGAGCAAACACGUUUUCGACGAGUUGCUCCAGAAAGUGGGUCCACUGAUUACAAAGGCUGACACCCAUAUGCGUUUUUCAAUUGGACCCGCCGAGCGACUCGCCAUCUGCCUACGGUACCUGGCAACCGGUGACUCAUACAGGACAAUAGCAUUCAGCUAUCGGGUCGGGCAUUCAACAGUGGCUGUCAUCGUCAGGGAGGUUGCGGGUGCCAUCUGGACCGCCCUGGUUGAGGAGACCAUGCCGGUACCACAGACCGAGGACUGGAGAGCCAUCGCUGCUGGGUUCCAGGAGCGCUGGAACUUUCCGAAUUGCGUUGGUGCCAUUGAUGGGAAGCACGUGGUGAUCCAGGCUCCGGCAAAUUCUGGGUCCCUGUUUUUUAACUACAAGUCCACCCACUCCUUGGUACUGCUGGCUGUCGUGGAUGCCCAGUACCUCUUCAGGGUAGUGGAUGUCGGAGGUUUUGGAAGGAGCAGUGACGGUGGGAGCCUGCGGAAUUCCGCUUUUGGAGAGAGCCUCCGAGAUGGCAGUCUGCAGCUACCACCUGAUACCGUCAUCCCAGGAGCAGAGCGGCUCGGCCUUCUUCCCCAUGUGUUUGUAGGAGAUGAGGCUUUUCCGCUGCUGGACAACCUGCUGCGUCCGUUCCCUGGACGCCAGAUCACACGCAAGAGGAGGAUGUACAACUACCGCCUCAGCCGUGCCAGGAAGACGAUGGGAAGGCCAUCAUGCACACCUAUCGCAGAGUCCACAGAUGAAGCUCCAGCUCCUUCAACCCUGCGUGAUGCACCGAGGAUGGGCUCCAACAAUGCCACACGCAGAUCCAUCCAACUGAGGGAGACCUUCAGCUCCUACUUCAAUGAGGAGGGUGCAGUGCGAUGGCAGAAGAAUGUGGUGUAG